AUGGACAGUCAUAAAACUAACAUGAUGUCUCAACCACCUGCUUAUAUAGCACCAAUGGCACCACCACCUCAACAGCUUCAACAUUUUCAACCGACAACUCAACAAAUUAUCCUUGAACAACCUACAGUCUUAGGACCAGAUCCAGUUGGAAUAACAUGUCCAAAUUGUCGUUCAAGAGUCGUGACAUUAGUUGAUGAUAUGACGACAAUGAAAACGCAUAGCUUUGCUGUUUUACUUGCAGUCCUUGGAUGUUUCUGUGGAUGUUGCUGUAUCCCAUAUUGUACUAAGAGUUGUCUGGCACAGAAACAUACUUGUCCAGUUUGUCGAUCUAUGAUUGGAAUUUACAAUAAUUAA